AUGGAUUGGACUUUUGACGCGCCACAGUUUGUGGACUUUACACAGCCACAAGCUCACGAUGAUGAAUAUGAUGAUACUUGGUUUGAUACACACCGAGAAGACGACCUGCCAUAUAAAGAAAAGGGUGCUGAACCAAAAGCAAUAAAGGCAAAGCCUCAGAAGAAGCUAUGUAGUACUGGGCAUAGACUUGAAAAUGCAGUGAAAGAAGCAGGUGAAGCAGCUGGCAGAUCUCCGAGACACAUGAAUUCAAAGCCUGCACGGGUACCUGUGGCAGAGAAACAUGCCGCAGACUGCAAUAUUAGAAAUAUGUGCCCUUCUCCGCAAAAGCAACGUAAAAUUGCUGCAGCCUCGCUGUCCCCGUCUGCCACUUCCAGACAACAGUUAUCUCUCCAAGUUCCUGAAUCAACGUCUACAAAUGAUUGCCCAUCAGCGAACACACGAUUGCGAAAAUCUGGCAAUGUAGACCAGUCACAAUCACCUCGUAAUUUUCGGCGGGCAAAGUCAGCAUCGCCCGGCAAUACACCUCACAGAAAUAAACCAACCCGGCCAAUGAGAGGUGCACCUUCCAGGGUGUUGGUCACCAUAGACGACAGCUCUAACUCUAAAGAGGCCACAGCAAGCAGAGUUCCUGGUCUGGGCGCCGCUGUUAAAAGGUCGCAGAGUUUGAGAAACAGGGUGAUUUCCAAAGCCAGCAGUACGGCAUCGCUAAGAUCUGACGAGUCAGUAGACAGUGCUGGGAAGGACAGACAGGAGUCAGACAGCACCGCCAAGCAUAUGACCACAGAGGACCUGGAGAUGGCUAAAAUUGCUGCCAUGAAGAAGGAUGUGGAAAAAGCCCGCAAGCUGGCGCAGGAAUCCUACAAGAAAGCCAUAUCAGCUCAGGGUUAUAUACCACUCCGUUCCUCUCAGCCACCUACAUUAACCGUGAGCUUCCACUUUAAGACAGAUGAAAGAAUCAAGAACCCAGAGGGGCAUGGGAAGGAAGAGAAAGUGAAGGAUUUUACCAAGCAACUGAGGGAAGCUCUACCAAUGCCAGCUCUACCUUCAAAACCUGGCCAUACUCUGACACACCUCAAGCCUUUCAAGUUUACAGCAACCAAGAGCACAGCUCCGCAGUCUCAGGCCGAGAAAUACGAGUCCGUGGCUGAACGCAUCACCGCUUUCCACAGGAAGACGCCUGAUCGUUUCAGAUCUCAGCCUCAUGGUGGCAGAGACAGAGCUCGUUCUGCACUUAAAAGCCAGAUUUCCAGCACAACGGGAAGAAUGAGGUCACAGUCACCAAAGAUGACAAUACCUAAAACGCCGAACCUGACGACCCGGGGGCGGUCAAGGCCAGUCCAUGCUAUGUCUAGAGAAGAGCAGGAACAGAUGGAGUUUGAGGAGCAUCAAAAACAGCAGUUUAAAGCACAUCCAGUCAACCCCAGAGUUUUUGAAGCCCCCAAAGUGCCCGCUGUAGCACCUAAAGCCGCCACAGUUGUUGAGGAGUUCCACUUGCACUCCCAGCAUUCUGCUAGCAUCAGCAGCCUUGGCAGCAGUGAGGCAGAGGAAAGGCAUGAGUUCCAUGCCAGGCCGGUGAAUCCCAGGAUUCUGGCUGGACCGGUGGGUGUGAAAUCUGUGGAACCAAAGCCAGUAACCAUCCCAGAGUCACCAGCAUUUGCCUUAAAAAAUAGGGUUCGAAUCCCAUUAGAGUUGCCAAAGGAGGACACAAAAGAGCUGGUCAAGGCGAACCCCGUGCCCCACAUGGGGCUUCCAUUUAAGCCUCAGCUGCUUCACCAGUACACAGUUCCCCAGCCGUUUGCUGUCGAGGAGCGCAGCCGGGAGAUGCUGACUCGCAGAGAGCACAAAAUUCAACAGAUUCUGGAGGAAGAGAAAAAGGCACGGGAGUUUCAUGCUCAGGAUUUGCCGAGUGAAUCUCCGGGGAAGCUGCCGCCCAAGCAGACACGGCCCAUAACUCUGCCGGAGCCUUUCCACUUGGAGGUGGACGAGAGGGGAGAGAAGUAUCAGAAGGAAUUCAUGUCAAAGGUAGAGGAGGAGGAGAGACUUGCCCAUGAGAUUGCCAACUUUAAAGCGGGACCUAAUAAUGUCAUACACAAGGAACCAUUCCACGCGGUCAAAUCUACAAAGCCAUUGACAGAGAGAGUGAAUUUACACUUGAACACCGACGUCCGUGCCUCACAGAGGGAGGCAUUUGACCAGUACCUCAAGGCCAGAGAGGCUGAGAUGGAGGCUUUGAAGAGACAGCGAGAGGAGCGGCUGGAGAAGGAGGAGAAAGCAGCCGUUGCCAGGAUGAGGAUGCAGGCUGUUCAUAGAGCCAACAGCAUUAGAAAAUAUAAAAGCGUGAUUGUCAAGCCUAGUGACAAGCCUCUAACAGAAGCUCAGUCUCCAAGGUUUUCCCAGCGACUCAAGGAAAAACACAACAGCAGUGAUCUGUGA